AUGGGUAGCCUUCAAAUUUUCUCUGUUCUGUUCUUUUCACUCUUUUUGGCAAAAUGUUGUUACUCCAAAGAAGAAUAUUUUCUCCAGUGUCUUUCUAAAUAUUCUGAAACAAACAUUACACAAAACAUUUACACCCCAGGCUCCCCAAUUUAUUCAUCUAUCCUGGAAUAUGCCCAAAAAAACCCCAGAUGGUUGAAUUCUUCUCAUCCCAAUUUCAUUGCUUCCCCUAAAGAAGAAUCAGAAAUCAGGCCUGUCAUUCUUUGUAGUAAAAAAACAGGCCUACAAAUCAAGAUCAAAAGCGGUGGCCACGACUAUGAAGGCAUAUCUUUUCGCUCUGAAUCCCCUUUUGUUAUGCUUGAUUUAAGCAAUCUUAACAAAAUCAAGAUUGAUUUAAAGGAAGAAACAAUGUGGGUUCAAACAGGGGCGACCCUCGGCCAGCUUUACUAUGCAAUUGCCAAGAAAAGUAAAGUUCAUGCAUUUCCAGCCGGUGUCUGCUUCAGUGUUGGCACUGGUGGAAUCAUCAGUGGUGGUGGGCUCGGUGCAUUGAUGAGGAAAUUCGGCCUUGCAGCUGAUAACGUUGUAGAUGCACGUGUGAUGGAUGCGAAUGGAAAAAUUCUUGACAGAAAGAUGAAUGAAGAUUUGUUUUGGGCGAUAAGAGGAGGUGGAGGAGCAAGUUUCGGUGUUAUUCUAGCAUGGAAACUAAAAUUGGUUCGUGUUCCUGAAAAGGUUACUGUUUUCACGAUUCGUAGGGAGUUAGAGGGUAACCUAACUCUCCUCCGAAAAUGGGAAAACAUAGCACAUCAACUCCCUGAAGAUUUGUUCGUCAGGGCGUUUGUUCAAAAAGGCGUAUUUUCAGAAGGAAAUGAUACCAAAAACCAUGUGGGAUUCUAUUUCCAGGGGCAAUAUAUUGGGCCUGUUGACGGAUUAAUUCCUCUGCUCAAUCAAUACUUCCCUGAGUUUAAUUUGGAGCGAAAAGAUUGCUUCAAAGAGAAUAUUACUGCUGAUGCAGAGAAAGAAUGCUUCGAAGUUCCCUGGAUCAGAUCAGUGUUGUAUUUCUCUUGGAGAAACCCAAAUGAUUCACUUGAAGUUUUGCUAGAAAAGAGUAUUCCAACACACAAGGAUUAUCACAAAGGAACAUCUGAUUUCGUGAAGACUCCAAUCCCAGAAAGUGGUUGGGAAAUGAUAGAAAAAUUGUUUCGGGAAGAAGAAAGACCUCAGAUGGUUUUUGAGCCAUUUGGUGGAAAAAUGUAUGAAAUAUCUGAAUCUGAAAUUCCAUUUCCUCAUAGAAAGGGGAAUUUGUAUAAUAUUCAGUACUUUGUGAGCUGGGACGAUAACAGUGAGAGCAUAUCAAGCCAGAAAAUAGGAUGGAUAAGGAAAUUGUACAAGGAAAUGGAGCCAUAUGUUGCAAAAUCUCCAAGAACUUCUUAUCUGAAUUACAGGGACUUUGGUUUGGGAAUAAAUCAAGAGGAUUAUAGCUAUUCCAAGGCCAAAAUAUGGGGUGAAAAGUAUUUCAAAGGCAAUUUUGAGAGGCUGGCUAAAGUGAAGAGUAAAGUAGAUCCAAAAAAUUUCUUCAGAAGUGAACAAAGUGUAACUCCUUAUCAGUUAUCAUAUUGA